AUGAAAAGUAAUCUUUCUCAGUUUGGCGGUCCUACUUCACUCCCAUCCUAAUCAACCAUGCAACUUCAUUCAUAGAUAGGAAUCAACAACAACGGCUUAAAUGGUCAGGGACAACAUCCCAAAUUCUUCGCCAAAGUAGGUGAUCCAGCUCUUAAGAGGUCAUUCAAAGGUCAUAAAGAUGGUAUUACAGCAAUUGCAUUCAAUCCCAAUUUGAAAUAAGUAAUCUCCUCAUCUCUUGAUGGUACUCUAAUGGUCUGGAAUUUCAAGCCAAGUUUGAGGCCAUACAGAUUCAUUGGACAUAAAGGCCAAGUGCAUGACUUAAGUGUCACUCCAGACGGUCAAACAAUCGCUUCAUGCUCUUAAGAUGAAACAGUGAGAAUCUGGACUAAUUCAGUUCAAGGGCAUUCUCAAGUUAUCAAAUCACACUCAGCUCCAGUAAGAAGUGUGGCUCUUUCAAGCGAUGGGCAUCUUUUGCUAUCAGGUUCAGACGAUAAGACUUUAAAAGUUUUUACAACCAAUGACAGAAAGUUCAUGUUUACAAUCAAUGCUCAUGCAAACUGGAUCAGAUCUUGCCAAUUUUCUCCUGAUACUAGACUGAUUGGUUCUGGUUCUGACGAUAAAUCUGUAAGACUUUGGGAUGUUACAUAGAAAUCGUUAAUUAAGAGUUUCGAAGAUCAUGAAGGUGCAGUUACAAGCGUCAGAUUCCAUCCAGAUGGUACUUGCAUUGCCAGUGGAAGUGUUGAUAAGUCUAUUAAAAUCUGGGAUAUUAGAAGUUAAAGACUUCUCCAACAUUACGAUGCUCAUACAGAUAGAGUCAAUGCAGUUGCAUUCCAUCCUAAUGGAAGAUUCUUACUAUCUGCCAGCAAUGAUGCUACUCUAAAGAUUUGGGAUUUGAGAUAAGGUCACAUUUUAUAUACUCUUUAUGGGCAUGAAGGUGCUAGCAAUUGUGUUAACUUUUCGCCUUGCGGAGAUUACUUCACCAGUGCUGGUGCAGAUUAAAUAGUUAUGGUUUGGAAAAGUAAUUUGAAUGACACAGAGUAGGAAGUUAUCGAAGAAUUAGGUGGUGCAUCAUCUGCUGGUGCUCAUAACUAAAGUACUAAUGGACCCCAGCACCAUGCCAGUGGGAUUUAAUCAAAUAGAAAGAGUGUAGAUAUGUCUAGCAGAUAGAAUCCAUCCUCAAGAUAUGGCAAUCUGACGAAGUAAGCUCCAAGAUAAGAACAAACUUAGCAAUACUAGCUACCAACUUCAAAUAGAAACCCAACUAGCGGAUAUGGAUUGAACGAAUUCUCUCACAGACCAAUGACUACAACCGGAGUUAUUGUUCCACCCGAUCAAGAUCUGAAUGCUUUUGAAUAAUAAAAUCAUCAUUUAUCUGGAAGCAGUGAAGAACUUGCUCAAACCUUAGAAAAAGUUGUAUCUCAACUAGACAUAAUCUCAAGAACCCUUCAUGUCCUGGAGCAAAGAGUAUCUAUGAACGAGGAAUCUGUUUAGAAUGUGUGGGAGUACUUCAAGGAAAUCAGAGAUAUGCAAAAAGCAGCUCCUCUGCAAUAAACUAACCACACUUAAUCUAACCCAGGAUUUGCAAUGAGCCUCGGGCCAUCAGGUAUGCAACAGACAUAUAACACUUAGUAAUUCGGAUAUCAGUAAACAGCCUCUUAAAAGCUUGACUUUAAUGAUGUCAAGCAAUAGCAACUAUUGCAGUAACAAUAAUACGACGAGAUAAAUGAAAGAGAGGGAGAUGAAAACCAGAAUUUCAACAACUGA